AUGCCGUUUCCUUGCUGUUGCUGCUACCCUGAUCACCCAGAUACACGCAGGGACAACCGCCAUCGCAGGAUUCGGGGCGUUUACGUUUCGUCGCCCCCUUUGAGCAUCACUGACCCCCCGGUAUGGCGGCGAGUUUUUGAUCACAGUUUGCUUGGAGAUACCGGUGAGCAAACCUACAGAGCUAUUGAGACAUUCCGGGACGGCUCAGCGCCGGAUACAAUAUACCAAGCUGAUACAAGUGAGUGUCGCGAUAACUCCCUGAGCCCGCGGAAAGCUGGGUCAUUGGUGCGUCUAUACGAACAAAUUCCUAGUCGAUGUGCAACACGAAAUGGCGGUCUAGAGAAUCCUUCCAGUCGAAUUGGAGCCGGGGCCAGUAUCACUUCCGAGGAAACACUGCCCCCGCAGACGCGACGGUGGUUAAGAAAAGAGGGUGAUAGACAGCUUAUGGAACUUCUUCUGCAUAAGGAUCCUGAAGAUGUCUUCCUAAAAGUUUACGAUAUUACUGAAGGUCGUGCUCAUAAGGUAGUGAAGCUCGCCGCUGGUUUUGACAUAGAAGGGGUGUGGCACACAUCUAUUCUAACCUAUGGCAAAGAAAGAUUUUACUGUGACGGGCCCAUGGCGGUGGAUAGUGAUGUGGUGGAGAAAAAAUUUGCUAUAGAAUUGAAGCACAUAUUCUAUCUCGGCAAGACGAGCUUAUCAGAACAUCAAAUACACAGAAUCGUGAAAAGCCUGCGCCACAAAUAUACUCCGGAAAGCUACGAUUUGAUCCAAUGCAAUUGCAACCAUUUUACACAGGAUGUCUUGUGGGCAAUGAAGAAGAAGGGCGAUCGCAGCUUGGUUAAUUACGAGCUGCCUGACUUUAUUAGAGAUCAGCCGAAGCUCUUCAUGUCAACUGCUCGUGGUCGUGCAUUGAUUUGGUUGGUUCAAAAUAUUCUCGAAAAAACCGAUAAUUUUCUGAACAAUAGAUUUGCUAAUGGACUUGACACAAUUGUCAAAAAAUUCGUAUGA